UUUUAUAUCGUUUCAUUUCGAAAAAAAACUAACGAUAGCAGCACACUCUUUGGUCGGUUUAACAUUUUUUUCACUGGAUUAAAUUAGUUUUUUUCUUACUGAAAUUUCGAUUCGAUAUGUUAUUCCUUCUUUUCGUAUUUUCUUCCAAUUAUUUAACUUCCAUCUUUCAUUUGGCUCGUCUUGAGUUUUAAUUUGGGCUCUAGCGACGGGCAACUCAAAUUUCAAACCCUCAUUUCUAGCUUGGUUAAUUAACUAGUUAAAUAUGACCUGAUAUCUGAGUUUACCUGAAAAAGCGAAAAGUCACGGUUUUCAUUCUUCAUUUCACAAAAGUACUCGUCGGCCCAUAAUUGAAGCGAAGCAUAUUCACCUGAAAUUUUCCCAAAACACCCGGAAGAAAAAAGAAAAACUACGAACUCAAAUCGCAUUCAAUUCCUGCGUCAUUAUUUUAUUUUCAUUAUAUUGCUGAAAAGUUCAACACAAAUAUUGAAAAAGAUAUAAGUGAAAGAAUUUCAACUAACGUCACUUUUUUCCAUUUUGAAACUGAAAUAGUUUGCGUUCUGAGCUAUUUUCGUAAUUGUCGUUCAAGCAAAUUUAUCAAAAAAAAGUUGAAUUUGUUUUACAUUUUGAUUAACUCAAAAUGGAUCUUGCUAAUCAAUCGAGUGUUAACGAAACUAAUCUUGAAGUUCUAGAGUCUUCAAUUCCCAUUUGGUUCGUUUUGGGAAAAAUCCUUCUUAACAUUAUUGGAAUGCUUGGAAACUCGACGGUUGUUUUUAUUUACCUGAAGAAGAAAGAUUUCAGACCGAGCGAGUGUUUCAUUUUAUCGAUAGCCGUGAUCGAUUUCUGUUUUUCAUUCAUAAGUCUACUGUUAUGGCUAGUUGAGGUCGCUUUUCACGUAAGAAGCGGCACUUUAAACAGUUCACUUUACACUUUUGUAACUUUUUAUUCUUUAUAUUUGGUUUUUUGGAUGAGUUUCAACCGCUAUGUUGCAGUUGCCCGACCUCUGGACUAUAUGUCCAGGUUCACAGCGCCAAAGGUUUAUUCGAUUUUAGGCGGGGGUUUCAUUUUUGCCCUCAUUUACGGCUUAACCCCGGUAUGGUAUUUCAAUACAAGCAGCCCGACAACAAUGCGAAUUGUCGAUGGAUUCUACUAUGCUUGUAAAGUUCUUUUUAUGAGUAUCGACAUUGUGUUUAUGUGUGUUGUUUACACCAACGUAACCUAUUUGGAGAAAAAACGUGCUGAAAAAGUCAACAAAAAUAACUUCGACAAGCAAAAAAAGAGCUCCAAUAAUUCAAAUCCGAAAAGCAGUUUGAAGCGAAAAAGCGAUCAGCGAAACCAAUGCAGCACCAGCUAUGGAUUCCAGGAAUCAGUCGCAAACGAAAAUGAUACCAAAAAAGGAGCAUUUCGGUUUCUUUUUGGAUUGAACUGUUUCUUUUCAAGUUGUGAAAAUUGCAAAAAUUGUUGUAAGGACGAAAAUCAAAAACUUCAGUUAUGGGAUAAAAACGAAAAUGAAGACUUUGAAGGUGAAAAUUGCAACGAUGAAAAUGAUAAACUUUCUUCAUCUCUAAGUUCACCAUCAGCUGCUAAUGUGAAAGGUCAUUCGAGUUCAAAAACUGACAACAAAAAAGUCGGAGCCACAAGCGAGAUUUCAAAACAAAAUCAUCAUAAAAGCGAAAAGAAACAAACGAAAAAGCAAGCAAAACAACGUAAAAAACAACAUGAAAAACAAAAUGAAAAACAAAACGAGAAACAUCAAGGAAAACAAACCGACAAAAACGAGACAGAAAACGAUCCGGGCAAACUUUCUCCGAGUUGUAAUGGGCAUUUGCAUACGAAGGUUAUCAAAAUAAGGGAGACGCUUCCAGAUAGUGAAAAACUGAGAGGGAAUUCCGAAGAGGAGCUUUUGACAUCAAAACAACCCGAGUUGAAAUCUUCCGUUCCGAGCAAAAAGGGCUUGGAAAUCGUGGAAAAUGAAGACGACAAAGACAUACAAAUUGGCGUGAGCAAUGUUCAGAUUGAAGUCAACGAUUGCAACGGAAAUUCAAUCCCGAUUCGCACACUGCAAAACGGAGUUUUCAUUUGUGAGCCAGAGUUCCAGAGCAACAGCGAUUCGACCAAAAAAGAUAACAGCGACCAGGAAAUAGCGGAAAAGGAUAUUGAAAACGAAGAACUUCAGCCUAUGCUGUCAGAUUAUAAAAACAGUCAAGAAAACUGCAAAAACGAUUUUAGCUAUCAAUCAUCAUCAUCAGAAAAUCAUCCAAAACUCAAGCCCACAACAACGGUCGAAAACGAAAACAAAUCAAAUAUUGAAGCAAAAGAACCACAGUAUUCUUUAAACUCUAAGUCCAAUUUAGUUUUGAAAGAAGAUCCAAAACUUCCGGCUUGUAACAGUAACGUCCCUAACUCACCGUCAAAGAAUUGUAUUGAAACCCAAAAUAAAACCAAGAAAAAAUUUAAAAUCUCUAAGAUGGAGAAGAAAAAACGCGAAAAAGAAACUUCAAAAAUAGAAACCAAAAAAGACGUAAAGUUAAGCACUAACACCAUGACUCAUCAGAUGAUGAACCAAUGCGCAAGCAAGAGCAGUUUGCUUACUGUUCAGAACUGCAAUCAAAAUCCGUCGACUCAAGAGUCAUUUGCCCUGAACACGAUUAGUCCUACACCCACGGUUGUUGGUACUCCAAACGCCACCCCACAGGUGACAAAGGCAAUGAAGAGUAGAGCAAACAGACAGAAGCGAGUGACGAUGACUCUGUUCUUUGUGAGCAUAGUGUUCGUUGUGGUCACUCUGCCAUACACUUGUGUGGAAAUGUACGAGAACGUACCCGUCAUUCUAGGCCAUGCCAGGCCACAGGUGAGUAUGGAGUUGAAAUUGGUGACCUAUUUGACCUAUUGUCUGAACUUUGUGCUGAACCCGGUGGUCUACUUAUUCGCCAAUUCCUUCUACAGACAAGAACUCAUCAAACUCACCAAACUCAUUCUGUCCAGUCCUGUGAACUACUGCUGCAGAACCUGAAAACUCUACAUUGAAAUAUCAAAAAAAACUACAAUACCCAACAAAAAAACUGAAUUACGAAGCCAAACGGCACCAGCGGAUUUA